AUUUACACAUCAGAUAUUCAGUUCGAAUCAGGGGUCUUGCAACAGAUAACGUGCCAGACAUGUGGUACUACAUGACAAGGUGGUUUAAAUCAAACUGACCACACGCCUUUACUGAUCAUAAUGCUUUCAAAGCUCGAGAAACAAAUACUUAUAGACCUGUGGCAAAAACUGAUACCAGUGGCAGAGGAUGUUGGAAGUGAAGCACUGUACAGAAUGUUUACGACGUUUCCCAAAACCAAGACAUAUUACGGCCAUCUGGACCUCAGUCACGGUUCUGAGCAUUUGCGCUCUCUCGGGAAGAAGAUAGUGGUGGCAAUAGCGGAUGGGACGAUGCACAUAAGCACUCCAGCUUUUACCACCAGUCUGGGCUACCUCAGCAGAUAUCAUGCCUAUCAGCUAAGAAUACACCCGACCAACUUCAAGCUGUUUAAUCACUGUAUGCUGGUGACUUUAGCUUGUCAUUUGGGAGAUGACUUCUCUGCUAUAGAGCACGCAGCGACUGACAAAUAUCUCUCAGCUUAUGCUGCAGUGCUGGCCGAGAAGUUCAGAUAAGGUGGAUUUUCUCAUCAUCAUCUUCAUCAAACGUGCCUCAACAUCUCUAAUGAGAGACACCCAGGUUUAUUGUCUUUCUUUCAUUAUGUAAUUAUUGAUGUAAAUAGAUUUACUGUUGUUAAAUUAAAUGCAAUUUAAUAUUAUUCAAAUGUUUUUCCUAUGUAUUUAAGUUUUGGGACACCCCUCCAAAACAUUGAAUUCAGGUGAAUUUCAGGGGUUGGGCUUGACCUCUUAGAUCCAGUGAAAGGAACUCUUAAUGCUUCAGCAUACCAAGACAUUUUGGACAAUUUCCUGCACCCAACUUUGUGGGAACAGUUUGGGGAUGACCCCUUCCUGUUCCAACAUGACUGCGCACCAGUGCACAAAGCAAGGUCCAUAAAGACAUGGAUGAGAGAGUUUGGUGUGGAGGAACUUGACUGGCCUGCACAGAGUCCUGACCUCAACCUGAUAGAACACCUUUGGGAUGAAUUACAGUGGAGACAGUUAGCCAGACUUUCUCGUCCAACAUCAGCGCCUGAACUCACAAAUGGUGUCAAGUUCCUCCACACUAAAUUUGCUCAUCCAUGUCUUUAUGGACCUUGCUCUGAUCACACAAAGUUGGGAGCAUGAAAUUGUCCAAAAUGUCUUGAACAUUAAGAGUUCCUUUCACUGGAACUAAGGGACCAAGACCAACUCCUGAAAAACAACACCUGAGUUCAAUGAUUUGAAAGGCUGUCCCAAAACUUUUGAUAAUAUAGUGUAUCUCUUACCUGCGUCGCUAUAUCCAGCCUUAUAGGACUAAAGUCUGCCCAAAUCUGUCUGAAUUUAAGAUUAACUUUAAAACCCUUAACUGUGUUGGCCUUGAAGUCUUUGUCUCCCUCUAGCGGCAGAUCAGGGAAAAUGUCGCGCUGCCAGUUUAAAUCAAUAUAUACAGUAGAUUAUUAACAGUGCGUGUAGUUUUUAAAUGAUUUUAAAGUGAAGAAGAAUUUUGCUAUUUAUUGUAAAUAAUUGUGUAACACCGUGCACAGGAUUAUAAUAUUUAAAAAAAACAGUUUUGGUCAUUAGGCUUGGUGCAGGCUUCAGCUCAAGAAUAACAGUAGUGGUUGAACAGUAACAUAAAUAACAAUACAUUAAUAUAUGAAUGUACAUUAAUCAGAAUUAUCAGUGCAGAUUUAAGUGCAGAGUGGUAAAGUUUAACCUGUGCAAACAUUACAGCUGUUUUUAAAUAAAAUAAGAACCAAGAAUUUGUGCCACCCUUAACACCUAAUCUGGAGGGGAUAAAAACACUGAGCCUCUUUCAUGGUCAACAAGGUUGAGGACACAUCUGGAGGAUCACAUACAAGACACCUGUCCAUUCAGAACAUUAUAAGAUGCUUUAUAUGCUUUAGUUUACACAAUGACUCUUAAUUCAAACCAAAGCAUGUUUAUAUGGUUAAAUCAAUUGUGGGAUCAAUUUUUUAAAUUGUUUUUCUGGGACUGUUUCUAUCAUUGGGAUUAUUGGAUUUGGAUGUUUAUUUGGGGUCAUUGUCUUAUACAAAGAGACAUGGACACCCAAGUCUUAAUUGUUGGGGUUUUUUUUUUGGUUUUUUUUUUUGAGGUAACCAGAUUUUGGGUUAUAAUCUUGCCAUGGUGAAAUAACCCCAAAGCAUCAGUGAUCCACCAUUACAUAUUGGUAGUUAACAAAGUGAUUUUGGUUAUGUCAUGUCUUAUGUGCAGUUUAAGACCCUUGGACUGUUAGCUGCAGGAAAUGUGACAGAUAUCCUAACAUCUGAAGGUAACCACUGGUAAUGGUAGGUCAGGAUGUUGUCUGAUUUCUCUUCCAUUGCCUUCCCACUGUUCUAGAUCGCAAAAGCCCUCUUUUAACAUACUUUCCAUAGAGUUGGCCUACCUGAGGACAUUCUCUCCAAGGAACCCCAACACAGUUCAUUCUGGAGGAGCCUCAUGUCUAAGCACCAACCAGUCAGGGUCAAUGGUAUAUUAUUUCUUACCAGUGUUUUGUAUGCCUUGAGUUCACUCAUUCCUACCUCAGAUGGCCUCACACCUUUCCAGUACUACAUGGACUACCAACCACCAUUUGUCCCCUAGAACCAACAUAAGGACUGGUACCACUGGUUGACACUAGCUAUAGGUGCAUACAUAUUCAUAGUUUCAAACAGAGAUGGUAGAAAACACAAGUUGAUCAUCACCACAGAGAAACUCCGGUAGACCACCUUUAUCUAGAAAACUAUCACCCUAUUUCAUUGGACCAUUCAAUCAUGCUUUUCCAAUGUGUAAUAAAUAGAUUUCAGUUACCUGCUCAUUUAUUAUACCUACUCAUUUCUCAGCAUUAUUAAGCUGGUAUUUCUCUUUGAGUUUUUGCUGGAACAUACAGCUGUGUCUCAUGAGCAUAACAGUAAGAAUGAAUAAUAUGUUUAGAAUUUAUUAUACCCAGAAGUAACAUAUAUAGAGGGAAAUCAAUGGCACUAGAACAGACCAUUCAGGAGCCUCUGUAAAACUUUACUUUUGUAUGCAUUGACAGGGCACCAUUAGUGUCAGUGAGAUAAGAAUUGAUCAAGAAAAGAGCUUUUUCCAUAACUCCAAAAACAUUAUGUUGUUCAUCUGUAAGAAUGUUGUGAUCGACAGUAUAAAUAGAUACUGAAUUUGA